GAAACUUGAAACUGUGAAGCCUUGAGAUGCUUAGCUUGCUCAUCUUCUUCUUCUUCUUUCCAUUUAUGUCCAUACUUAGUUUUGGAUAAAUUACUAAUUUUGCUUAUACUUGUCUCAUAAACGCAUUUAAUAAACCCCUUUGUUCGUUGAAUCUGGUUUUGUCCAUUUGAAUCUGUUAAUGUUAUUGGGUUUGCAGAUUUCUGGAUUUGUUUAUACAUAUUAGGUUUGUGAUACUAUAAAGUUUGGAUUUUUAUACUAAAGUUUGGAUUUUUAUUUUCAGAUCCUAGUUUGCAGAUUAGGUUGGGAACAGAUUUUGCAGAAGAAAAUGGAUGGUAAUGUGAGUUUCAAGAACAAUAAUUUGGGGAAUGAGCCACCAGGUGAUGGUGGUGUAGGAGGGUUGACUAGACCGGGGUUGACUAGACAAGGUUCAAUAUACUCGUUGACUUUUGAUGAGUUUCAGACCAGUUUAGGGAAAGAUUUUGGGUCAAUGAACAUGGAUGAGUUGUUAAAGAACAUAUGGAGUGCUGAAGAGACACAAGCUAUGGCUAGUGGUAUGGUUCCAGUUACUGGUGGAGGACAAGAAGGGUUGCAGUUGCAGAAGCAAGGCUCGUUGACUCUGCCUCGAACGCUUAGUCAGAUGACGGUUGAUCAAGUUUGGAAAGAUCUCUCUAAAGUUGGAAGUAGUGGAGUAGGAGGAAUGAGCUUGUCUCAGGCUCAAGCUCAGGCUCAAAAUCAGAAUCAGAGCCAGAGUCAGAGGCAGCAAACUUUAGGUGAAGUAACUUUGGAGGAGUUUUUGGUCCGUGCGGGUGUUGUAAGAGAGGAAGCUCAGAUUGCUGCAAAAGCUCAGAUUGCUGAGAACAAUAAAGGUGGUUACUUUGGUAAUGAGGCCAACACAGGUUUCACUGUUGGGUUUCAGCAGCCUUCUCCACGAGUUGUUGCCGCUGGUGUAAUGGGAAAUCUUGGUGCAGAGAAUGCAAAUCCUUUGCAGGUUCAAGGUUCUAGUUUGCCUCUGAAUGUUAAUGGAGCUAGAUCUGCAUACCAGCAACCGCAACAACAACAGCCAAUCAUGCCUAAGCAGCCUGGUUUUGGUUAUGGAACACAAAUUGGUCAGCUUAAUAGUCCUGGGAUAAGAGGUGGUGGCAUUAUGGGACUUGGAGAUCAGUCUCAAACGAACAAUAUGGGAUUGGUCCAGGGUGCUGCUGCUGUAAUUCCUGGAGCUGUGUCUCCUGUUACACCAUUGUCGUCAGAAGGGCUAGGGAAGAGUAAUGGUGAUUGUUCAUCACUCUCUCCGUCUCCUUACAUGUUUAAUGGUGGUGUAAGGGGUAGAAAGAGUGGUACUGUAGAGAAAGUUGUUGAGAGGAGGCAAAGGAGAAUGAUAAAGAACCGAGAAUCAGCUGCAAGGUCACGAGCCAGGAAACAGAUGUUCACAGCAGACCAGACCAUAUAUUGGAAUGCUUACACUGUGGAGCUUGAAGCUGAAGUUGCAAAGUUGAAGGAAGAGAACGACGAGUUACAAAGAAAGCAGGCAAAGAUUAUGGAAAUGCAAAAGAAUCAGGAGAUGGAGUUGAGGAAUCUUGUUCAAGGAGGUCCAAAGAAAAGACUGAGGAGGACAGAGUCAGGACCUUGGUGAAUCAAUGCUCAUACUUAGUUUCUGUACAUAGAAAUCACAUCCCCACUUAGGUGUUUAGUUAAAGGACUUAAUAGAGAAGAGCUUUUCAUCGUUUAUAUUGUAAGUUCUCUCCAUAUAUGCUAUGUUAUACCUUUACACAGGACCAUCAGAUUCUCUUUUGCUUUAACUAGACCAAGAUUUUGUGUUUUGUGUAACAUUUUGUGUGUUUUCUUGUUGUUGCUUGUCGAUUUACGAACUCAAAUUACAGUUUCUUGAUCUUGGAGAUACCAAUUUUAAAUUA